AUGUUUAACUGGGCAAAGCAACAGCUGGCCAAUGUGGCCGGCACCGCAGAACCCAUCUACGGACCAUCUGCUGUCCGCCCUGUCGGCGAUGAAGUUGACGGAAGUACUUACACCGAACUCACGCGCGAUGACCUCAAGUGGCAGGUCUUGGAAACGACCAACGUCGAGACCGAGACCUUUUAUUUUGUUGCCGAGAGUGGCCAAAUGGGCAUGGCCCAGGUCAUCUACAGCAACGUCAUGGGCGUUCGUGUGACAGCUCAGUUCAACUGCAAGGUCUUCUCAAAAGACCCCACCAAGGAGCAUCUGUGGUGCUCGACACCCCUCAACAACAUCGAAUUCAGCGAGGACAAAGCGUCCUUUUUCGCCGAGAACUGCGCCCUCGAAUUUUCGGCCGACGGCAACUCCUACACGAUCAAGAGCGCCAACGAUGAACGUGCGAUUGUCAACCUCAAGGUCACCAAGGCGUCUCCGGGCUUCCAGGGCGGCAAGACUGGCCAAACCUUGUUUGGCACUGAUCUCCAGAACCCUUGGGGCACCAUGCGCCAUGCAUUCUGGCCUCGCUGCACUGCUGAGGGUACCAUCACCACCAAAGAAGGUCCUAUUGAUUUCAAGGGCCAAGCCAUGUACUCGUAUGCCCUACAGGGCAUGAAGCCUCACCAUGCCGCCGCAAAGUGGAACUUUGUCAAUUUCCAGGGACCCAAGUACUCGGCCAUCAUGAUGGAGUUUACCACACCCGAGUCGUAUGGAACCACGACAGUCAAUGUUGGUGGCAUUGUCAAGGAUGGCGAGAUCAUCGCCGCUGGCUGCCUGAACAAGGCUACCCACACCGCCGUGAAGGAGGACACGGACAACGACUGGCCUGAGCCCAAAGGUGUGCGAUUCGCGUGGAACGGAAAAAACAAGGAAGGCAAGGCUGUCGAAGGUGUAAUCGAGGGCGCCAUCGGAGACCGGACAGACCGGGUUGAUGUCAUGGCCGAGGUCCCUGGGUUCGUCAAGACCAUCGUCGCUAGCGCCGCUGGUACCAAGCCUUACAUCUACCAAUACACGCCCAAGAUGACGCUCAAGCUCAAGAUUGGGGACGAGACGAUUGAGGAAGAGGGCCAAGUCUUCAUGGAAGCCACUUUCAUCGUGCAAUAG